UUUUGGCAGGUUCCGUUCUUAAAUGACCUUCGUAUCGGUGGUAAUCUAAAUUUGAUUCAGUGCAGAAUGGGAGCAACUGGGGUGCUCCCGUUUAUUCGAGGAAUCGACCUAUCUCAUUAUGAUUUCAAGGAUAAAGAAUCCUUUCCACAAAUUGAGGGAAUGGAUGGGCUUCGAUGGCUCAAAGCUAAUGAAACCGAGCUUGGAGUUGUUCCUGAAGUGAUUGGACAAUUGGGAAAGCUGGAACAACUCAGCUUGAAGAACAAUCAUUUGACGAAAGUUCACGGAGAAAUUACUGAACUUUCUUGCCUGAGAACGCUGAACCUUCGGAGAAACUGCUUGAAAAAUUCAGGCAUUCCUUCGGAUCUUUUCACGCUAGACGAGCUGACCACGCUGGAUUUGAGUUGCAAUGAACUUCGCUACAUUCCGGAUGGACUGGACAGAGCGAAGAAUUUACUCGUUCUAAAUUUAAGUCAUAAUAAGAUUUCAAGUAUUUCGACUGGUGUUUUCUUGCAUACGGUCGAUUUGUUGCAUUUGGAUUUGAGCGACAAUGAACUCGAAAGCCUCCCUCCGCAAAUGCGAAGAUUGGUGAAUUUGCAAGUUUUGAAUUUGAACAACAAUCCUUUAGGACAUUUCCAUUUCCGGCAGUUAUCAUCUUUGGUAUCUUUGAACACCUUGUGGAUGCACAAUACGCAGAGAACGCCUGCAAAUUUACCAGGGAGCUUGGAAAAUCUGACUCAUUUAACAGAUGUGGAUUUUUCGGAUAACGACUUGCCCAAAGUUCCCGACUGUCUAUAUUCGAUAAGCUCGCUGAAGCGUUUGAAUUUAUCCGACAACUGCAUCAAGGACUUAUCAGUCGCAGUCGAUAUAUGGACGAGCAUGGAAGUUCUGAACGUGUCGAGAAAUGAGUUGUCCUCGCUGCCGGCUUCCAUUUGCAAGUUGACACGUUUGCGUCGGCUGUAUGUCAACUACAACAAAUUGACUUUCCAAGGAUUGCCAUCUAGCAUUUGCAAAUUAACUGAAUUGGAAGUUUUCAACGCUGCUCAUAACCAAUUGGAAAUGAUCCCAGAAGGAUUAUGUCGCUGUCCUCGUUUACGAAUGAUGGAUCUGCGUUAUAAUCGGCUUGUAACGCUGCCAGACACGAUUCAUCGCAUUACCGAACUUGAUUUGCAGGCAAGUGCUUUUCUUUGGAAGCAAUUGGAGGGAAACCCCGACUUAUACAUUCCGCCGAUUCCUGCUGGGUUCUUGGGGCCGACUUUACAAUAUUACAAUAUUGAUUUCAACCACCAAGCCAAGAUUUGUUCGGUGGAUGUUGGUGGAACUGCCCCUCAGCAUACAGAUUCUGCCGCGCAAAAUGCUGCGAAAGACCCGAUUGCACGAAAGCUUAGACUGAGGAAAAGUCGGGGCGAGACACCUGACAAGGAUCAGACAAAAAUUUUGAAUGGAAUGAAAGAAGUGGCGAAAGCGAAGAAUCGCUCCAAGAAUGGCGCAGCUGCCGAUACAGCAUCAGAAUCGCUCAUACCGAAGCGGUGGGAAGACCGUCUUGAGAAACCGAAAUUGGAUGUUUCGGAGUACUUCCAGGAGCACGUGGGGCAAACACCCGGAUUGACUGUGUGGGAAAUUGAUAACUUCCUGCCAUCCAUGUUGGAUGAAGCCAUCCACGGGAAUUUCUAUGAAGGAGACUGCUACAUCGUGCUCAACACUUUUUUGACCGAUAAAGCACAAUUAGCCUGGCAAAUAUACUUUUGGAUUGGUGAAAAAUCGCCCAAAGACAAGCAAACUUGCUCAGCUGUUCACGCAGUUUACUUGCGAGACUUCCUGGGAGCAAGAUGUCGAACCCUUCGCGAGGAGCAGGGUGAUGAGUCUCGCGAAUUCUUGGAACUUUUCGACGGAAAGAUCACAUACAUCGAAGGAGGUCGAACGUUGUCGGGAUUCUUUUCUGUGGAAAAGCCGGUUCACAUGAAGCGAAUGUAUCGAGUGCACGCGUAUGGCCACCAAAUCCAUCUUGAGUCGGUUGCCCCGGAAUCAGAAUCUCUUGACCCAGGGUUCAUCUUCGUACUUGACCUCGGAGAGCAAAUGUUCGUGUGGAUGGGAUCAGAAGCUAAACACACGAUGAAAUCAAAAGCUCGCCUUUUGGCGGAGAAAAUCAACAAAAACGAACGGAAAAAUAUGUCCGAAAUUAUGAUGUUUGAGCAGGGCGAGGAACCAAUUGAAUUUUGGCUUGGGCUUGGGCUGUUCGACGCACCGGAUGCCGAUCUCGAGCGCGAAACACCCGAAGAUUGGAAACCGCGGAAAGUUUGCUUGUAUCAAGUUGGACUUGGUAUGGGUUAUUUGGAACUGUCACGAGUUGAUCUGUUUGACUUGGCGUUGAACGAAGCUGAAAAGCAGCACUCCGAUCCACAUUCAAAACCUUGCGGGCCCUUGGAAAUCAUCAACAGACAUCGUCAUCUCACGCAAGCUGUACUGAAAUCGAAGCAAGUGUAUGUUCUUGACACUUCCAACGAUAUCUUCGUUUGGGAAACUAUUCCUGGAUCAAACCCUCCGGCUCUUCCUGAGGUCUUCAAAUCCAAGUUUGAUGGAUGGGACGAUGUUAUUGCAGUCGAUUUUACGCGUACCGUGGAAUCUGUGAGAAAGACCGGGCCGGAUUUGAUCCAGUGGGCAAAAAAACAAACCACGAAAGUCGAUUUGACUGCUCUAUUCGUUGAUCGAAUGAAAGCAGAUAUUGCUGAAGAGGGAGAUUCUUUUGAAGAACGGAACAAGGAUCUGAUCAAAAUGGAAGCUUUCGUUCUCGUGAAAAGAAAGUUUGUCAAAUUACCGGAGGCCGAAAUUGGUCAUUUCUAUUCCGAAGACAGCUACGUUUAUCUCUGUCGGUAUGUUUCGCCCGCUGUUGAAGAUUUACCUGUUGCUGGGGAGCCAUCAGCUAUGGCACAGGCUUCGGCAGCUGUAGAAAGAUCCUUUGGAGGGAAUAUCCCGCAGCCCCCACCAAUGCCGGAUAUAGACUUUUCGGCCGGUGGAGACACAACGGAGACGAUGUCAAUGAAUUUUUGUGACGACGGUGGAAUCGAUGAUGUCACGAGUGCUGAUCAUAGGCGGCUUUCAGAGGCAUCAGAUAAUUCGGAUUUCGAUGACGGUCCAACUUCUUUUUAUGAAGUGGUUUACUUUUGGCAAGGAAGAGAUGCGCCACAAAUGGGAUGGCUCAUCUUCUUCCACGAUUUGAUGCAGCAAUUUAAUCGCCCGGAUUUGGAAAUCGUGAGACAGUAUCAGCAAAGGGAGAGAGCCACUUUUUUGGCUCAUUUCCAUGGCAAAUUCAUGAUCCACAGAGGCUCUAGGCUACAUGCGCUUGCCAGGAGAAAAGGAAAGCUGGAAACACCGGAAAAUUCUGAGUACGGUGACUCGGCGCCGGUGGAGUUGUUUCAUCUGCGCUCUACUGGGAAUCCGAUUUACACAAGAUGCAUUGAGGUGUCGACUACAGCUGCUAACCUGAAUUCAGCUUUCUGUAGACGGAUUAAGCGGUUUGGACCAUUCAAGAAGAAAGGGAAUUUGCGCACGGGCCUCAGGAAUGUGCGCCAGGCGCCAUGGGCUAAUACCCCGCAAAUUGUGCUGAAAGUAAAAGGCUACCUACUGAAUGUGCCAUUCGAUCCACGUGGUGAUAAAGGGAUUAUGUAUGCAUGGAUUGGUGAGAAAGCAUGUGAGGCUGAGGCAAAUCUAAUCCAGGAAAUCGCGCAAGAUUAUUGCAGAGCCAAAGAGGAUUACAGCAUGAUGGUCGUCGAGGAAGGCGCAGAGCCUGAAAAUUUCUUCUGGGUCGGCAUUGGUGGUCGUAAACUGUACGACCGAGAAGCCGAUUAUAUGAACUACACCCGCCUGUUUCGGUGCUCGAACGACAAAGGAUAUUUUUCUGUUUCAGAAAAAUGCCACGAUUUUUGCCAAGAUGAAUUGGCUGAAGAUGAUGUGAUGUUGCUGGACACUGGCGCAGAAAUUUUCAUUUGGUUGGGACCAAAUGCAAGUGAAGUUGAACUGAAGUUGGCGUACAAGGCUGCCUUAGUUUAUAUGCAGACCGUCAACGGCAAGAAUCCACAGAAGAAGCGUGUGUUGAAAGUGAGUGGACGAGGUUACGAGCCUCGAGCUUUGACCAGGUGUUUUCACGGCUGGUCCGAAUGGCGAAAGAAAAUGCCUUGA